UGCUCCGUUUGUACGGCUCCGCCUCGUUCUGAUUGAUCGCGUGACACCCUCCUCUUCACUGUAUAUUAAACGAUCCGUGGCCGCCGGCGCGAUGGAUGCAUAGGCGCCUCUAAAGCGACAGCGCUCGCUUUAGAGCGAGCAAUCGUAACGAUGGCCAUGGCUCUGACAAUGACCACCACGAUGCACAAGGCCAUGGACGACCUCGUCGAGCGCAUGGGCACGAUGGAUAUCGCAGCAGCAGAUGUCGCUGUUCAGCCCUUCCGAUUCUUCGAUCUGCCCUAUGACGUCCGUUACCGCAUCUACGAGCUCAUCCUCAUAUUCCGCAAGACCAUCGACCUCGACCCGACGAACGCGCGCAGCGUCGUGCCCUUCCUGCGCCUCUUCCUCGUGAAUCGCCGCAUGCACGAUGAAGCAUCCCGCGUUUUCUACUCGCGCAACACGUUCCGAGUGUUCCCCAUCCACGGCCGCUUCCACACGAAAGCGCCGUUGCUCGCGCGUCUGCCAACGCGAUAUCGCGCGGUGAUAAGGAAGUUGGAGCUGCGGCUAGGACCGGGUUGGACCAAGCCGCCGAGGAGCUGGAUAGCUGAUGGGCGGCUCGGACUCCAAGAGGCGACCAAGACUCACCUGUUGAAGAUCUUCGUGGAAUUCGAUCCCACGUCGCAUCCCAGUUUCGAGGGCUUCGGCGAAGGAGACAACUUCUACACACAGUUCAGCGUAGCCCUUGUGAGGAGCUUGCUUGCGCAGCUUCCCUCGCUUGCCGACGUCGAAUUCGAUGCGUACCCGUCCGUGUCUAAGAGAUCCUCUCUCUUGCAGGGCUUGAUUGACGAAGUCAAGGCCAACAACAAGCGUAUAGUCUGGGGUUCUGAGCGAGGCUGGGACAAGAUUGUGGAGGUUGACCUUGCGAGGGUAUUACAAACGAUUGGGCUCGGCGCGUUGUGAGAAACACAGGCCCUUCGGUCACCAACACUGUUCCGGGUACAUACUUGCAUCACCUUUGCCCAGUGAGCGGAAGAUUCAUCUAGGUGCAAAUCGACUUCAUGAUAUUUUUAUUCCACUCCAUCUCCGUUCGACCGGUGUCAGGUUGCUCAUUCGUACCGCUAGUUUCAUCGCCUCGACGUCAGGAAGCUGAGCUAGGGUAGCGGGAUAGUAGUCCACUUGUACAUGAGUGUCCGUUCAACAGUACUCAUCUUGGGUGGAAGGAGGGCUAAAGACCUUCAUGGGUCACA